AUGAUCUGCGUUUUCCAAGCAAAAUUAGAUGAAUAUAAAACCGGUUUUAAAAUGAUUGAAUACCCUUCCGGAACAAAUCAUCCUAUAUCUACAAGUCAAAACUUCACAUUCACCUACGUGAACGAGGAAAAUGAAUAUCCACAACUUGUGAAAGGUACAAUAGCUAACUUCCUUAUGCAUUUAAAUCUGGUAAUGAAAUGA